GCAAGAACUUGACCGUCUUCUCCUCCUCCACUUGUUGAAUGUCACAUCCUUAAGGCACAAACAUUGGAGUGGACACGGAGAGGAGAUAUCAACGCGCCAGGACCUGUGUAUCCUAGUAACGAAUAGCUGCGAGAACAGUUUACAAAAAGGCCUCGUCAUUUUAACUGGGUGUGGAUUAUGGAUAUCUGAUUGUUCCUCCGCGAUGUCAGACGACGAUGACGAAAGAGGAGAGAACAGCGAACAGUUUCUUGGAUAUGCGAGCAGCGAGGAAAGCAGCGAGGACAGUCUCAAAGAAUGUGACAUUCUGCUCGACGAUGAUGCAAAAGUCGGUCCAGCGAAAGACGAAAGCCGUGACAUCACAUCAGGGACUGAUGUCACAUCCAAGGGAUCGUUUAGUGAACGGUUCAAAGGUUGGAUCAGAAGCGCCUUCUUCUACAUCUACAUCAGUCGAAUCCUCUCGGGAUGGGUGACGCAGAUGUGGACCUUCGCGUUGGGAGUUCUUAUGGUCAGCAUCACCCACGACUCACUGUUGCUGACAGCCAUCGUCGGUUUCACGUCCGGGGGCUCUGUCAUCCUAUUCGGGGCAAUCAUUGGAGACUGGAUGGAUCGGAACAACAGACUUAAAGUUGCCCGAACGACUGUCAUCAUCAGGAACAUGAGUAUUGUGAUCGGAGCUGUUGUCCUCUGCUUCAUGAUAGCAUUCCCUGAUGCCAUAGCAACCAUUUGGAAUGGAUGGCUGAAUGUCCUCUGUAAAGGAUUAGUCGUGCUCUUCGCAGACGUGGCGUACCUGGCGACGACAGGGAAUGUCAUUGCGAUUGAGCGAGAUUGGGUCGUCGAGAUUAGUGGACAAAAAACCAAAGUAUUAGCAAGAAUGAACGCCAUCUUCCAUCGUAUCGACCUGGCCAUGGCUGUGUUGAUUCCAUUGGCUGUCGGCCACGUCAUGACCUUUGCCUCCCUCCUCACCAGCACCAUCUUCAUCUGCGGCUUCAAUGUGGUCGCCACGAUAGUGGAGUACUUCAUCCUGUUGAAGGUUUACCGGAUUGUGCCUUCACUCUCCACCAGGAAGAACGGCGCCAAGCGAAACAAACUCCGAGACACAACAACAGCAAUUAGCUCCAAUCAUCAAGAAUGUCCAUCCGGUUCGAAGGACCAUGUCGAAUCAGCCAGUGAUAGACCGCAGAAGACAGUCUCCAUCCACCGUCAACGGUUCCUGCGCAUCUUCGACUCUUUUAUAACUCUGUACAAAGGCUGGCGAUGCUACUGGCGGCAGAGUAUAAGAUUCGCCGGCCUUGGCUUGGCCUCUCUUUACCUGACCGUGCUCAGCUUCCAUUAUCUAACAGCCGGUUACGCCUAUGCCCAGGGCCUCAAUGAAUCGACAAUCGGCAUCGUAGCAGCACUCGAUGCGGGGAUGGGCUUCCUGGGGACAUUCGGCUUCCAGUUUAUGAGGUCCCGAGUGGGUCUCAUCAAAACUGGCGUGAUUUCCCUCGGAUGGCAGGUCAGCUGCUUAUCCCUGUGCGUGGCGUCGGUCGGGGCUCCGGGGAGUCCCUUUGUUAACUUUUUCCGCCCAGCAGCAGGUGGCACUUUUCAAAACUGUACAGUUGCUGAGCAACAACAUAGCAACCUGAGUUUCCAUGGCAACCUAACGAACUUCGCCACAGCAACUACAACUGUGGCGGAUAUUUUUGUCCUGGAUGACCUUGGAACGUCAUCAAAUGGGAGUGUUGGAUUCUCAAAUGAGACAUGCCUCAAUUCCACCUCUGGCGACAAAAGUAUGGCGCAUAUGGGGUUACUCAUGGCUGGCAUCGUGGCUUCAAGGUUUGGGCUAUGGAGCGCCGACCUGACCAUCACACAACUCUUCCUCGAGAACGUAAAGGAGUCUGAGCGAGGCACCGUGAACGGUGUGCAGAGCUCCAUCAAUAUGCUCAUGGACGUGGUGAGGUACGCAAUCGUCAUGGUUGCGCCAAGACCUGAGACUUUUGGCUUCUUGGUUCUUAUGUCAUUCUGCUUUGUUAGCCUCGGCAUGAUACUGUAUUGUGUUUAUGUGAGGCAGGUGACGAGGUUGAAGAGUAAAGGAGGACAGCAACAACAAGGGAAGGACGCCAAGACGACGAUACUUUGAAGACAUUAGAACAAUCAAGGGAAAGCGACAAGACGGCAGCUGUGUUUGAAAAUAUUGGAACAGCCAAGUCGGCAUUAACUGACUUUCAAAACGUAUUCACAAAUAUAUUUCAUUUGAUGGAAGAUGAAUUACUUACAAGACACUGGAUGAUAUGAAUAAAGAUUACAAUAUA